UAUAGAAGUUGUUAUCCAUAAAUUGCGUCUGCUUUGUCAAGUUUUAUGGUGCAGCUAACAAUACAGUCUCAACACAUGCUGUAGGCUGCCACUACCCGGUACGAUGCACUUCCAUGUUCAGGUGAGAAGCAGUUCGUACGAAAUACGUGUCAAGUUGUCACAAUAGCUCCGCCCACACAUGGAGUUUAGUGCGGGUAAGCCCACUGUGGGAUUUAGGACUCUGCAUGUAUCGUACAUCCUGGUGUCAGUAGCGGGACGUAUCUCACAAAGCCUCUUCAAAAUGUUCAACUGACGAUAUAACAGUGAGAAAUGGAAGGAAAUCCGGACUCACGUGACCAUCAGAUGACCGGAUGCCUCACAGAGGAAGCAGCUGAUUUACUGAGGAGGACUGAACAAGGGAGACAACCUACUUCCACAACUGCAAUACAGCACAACUACAGUGGUCCAGUGAAUCAAGUGGACUUGACCAAUGCUACCAAUGUCUCCGUCUCCGUCGGGGAACAUGGAGCUAGAGGAUGUCUGUCACAAGAACGUUACUGCCAAAAGGUGGAACUGCUCAAGGAGUAUUUUGUGGACAUCCAUGCCCUCCAGACAGCCCAACAGCUCCUUGAGAAGCAUGGCCAUGUCAGCAUCUGUGGAGCUCCUGGAGAUGGGAAGACCAGCAUUGCACUGAAGAUCUGUGAGGCAUAUCAACAAAAGAGAUAUGAAACAGUGUUUGUGGAAAACAUUGAACAUUUUGACGUUGAUACAAUUUCUAAACGACAAUCACACAUGCUGGUUGUUUUUGAUGAUAUAUUUGGUUCUGUCACAUUCUAUUCAAAUUUGGAAAAACUACAUAAAUUGUUCAGUGACUUGAAUGAUAACCUUGCUAAAACUGCCGCUGAUACAGAGAGGGAAUCCAAGGAGAAGAAAGAGAAAAAAUCAAAAGGUAAGGAAAAAUCCAAUGAAGAGACCCCCAUCUACAGACUGAAGCUUGUUUUUACAUCCAGGACAUAUAACUGGAAGGGGGGAUGUUCAAGACUACACAAGUACAAAGUGGAUCUACUCAAAACAGAAGCUAUUCUUGAUAUGACUAAAGACUGUCUCACAGUUGAAGAAAAGAAACGUAUGUUACAGUCCUACAAGAGCAAACAUCCUACAUGUGAUGUCUCUGAAAAGGAUAUUUGUAGCAUCACAGAUUCAAAACACAACAUAUUUGGAUUCCCUCUUAUCAGCAAACUCUUUUUCACUCAUGCAGUCUUCCAGAUGCACAACGCAAAAUUCUUCAAUAAUCCGCUGACGUACCUGAGAGGUGACCUUGACGCCAUUGUCCAGGAAGAAAGCAAUAGAUCGGCAGCCAUCCUUCUCCUCAUCCUGUGUGAUGGAAACUUGAACCUUGUUUCUUUGCAGUCACGGAAAGCUGGAAACGUCAUGUUUGGUGCUGUGAAGGAAGUAGUUCCUUGUUGUACAAGCACCGGGAUUGCCAAGGAGAUCAACAACUUUACUGGGGUCUACUGUACAGUCGAGGAUCACAUCGCAUCCUUCUCUCACCCCUCCAUAUACGAUGCUGCAGCCUGUGCUGUAGGACAACUCAAUAUCGUGUUGCUGCUGGAACACUGCUCCCUGAAAUUCCUGUAUGAAAGAGUGAGGCUGGGUAAAGGUAUACAGUCAUCAGACAUUGAAGAUGUCACAAACAUGAUCCACAUCACCCCCCAACUACACCAAACAGUAGUGGACAGACUGGUGGAAGGUAUUCGACAAGGGUGCUUCAUUUGGACAGUGACACAUCCAGUUUUCCGCGAUGAGAGGAUUGCCGCCCUACUAUGGACAGAGAUUAAUGAUAACAUUGUUGAGACUGUCCAACAAAAGGAUAGUGACUCUGGUGAAUGUUUUUGGUAUUUGGCUUCCAUAUCUGAGAGUUACUUUCUAUUCUCCAAGACAUUAGAAGUAGUUGGAAGACUUGGUGACUCUGCGCCUGAUCUAUAUGACUGUGUCGUAGCCUGUGUCACACAUGGCAAACUGAAACACCUGGAACACCUCGUUACAGUCAUGAGUCUACAUGGAGGAUUCGAUGUUGAAUUUUCCAUAGACGGGGAAACCCUCCUGAUUAUGGCUGCCCAGUCAGGACAGUCAGAGGUAUUCAACUUCCUCAUCCAGAAGGGUGCUGAUAUUUCCGUGACGGACUGGGCAGGAAACACCUGUUUACAUUAUGCCUGUGAAUCAGGAAGCAUGCUGUUGACAACAAGGGUGAUUGAAACUUGUCCUAUUUCAAUCAAUUCUAUGAAUAAUAAUGGAUUAACACCUGCAAUGUUUUGUGCAAAAAAAGGUUGCCUUGAUAUCCUGAGGUUCCUCAAACAAAAAGGAGCCAAUUUAACUCUUACCAACUAUUGGUUGACAAAUUGUUUGCAUUUAGCGAGUGAAAAUGGCAAUCUGUCAACUGUGAGCUUUUGUAUUUCACUGAAAAUAUUUGAUAUGAACAAGAAGGAAACAAAACAGAUGCAAACACCAAUUAUGAUGGCAUUGCAAGGAAGACACUAUGAUGUUUAUCAUCUCCUUGUAACUGAGGGUGCAGAUCUGACCCUGACUGAUCAAUACAACAAAGACUGUCUGAUGUUGGCAUGUGAGGGAGGAAACAUAAAUAUAGUGAAACAUGUCUUGUCAAUGAAAACAUGGGAUAUCAAUAAGCGGGGAGGAUAUUUGAAACAAACACCAAUUAUGAUGGCGUUAGAAGAAGGACACCAUGAUGUUUAUAAUCUCCUUGUAUCAGAGGGUGCAGAUCUGACCCUUACUGAUAAAAACAACAAAGACUGUCUGAUGUUGGCAUGUAAGGGAGGAAACAUAAAUACAGUGAAACAUGUCUUGUCAAUGAAAACAUGUGGCAUCAACAGGCGGGGCGGAUUUUUCGAACAAACACCAAUUAUGAUGGCAUUAGAAGAAGGACACUAUGAUGUUUAUCAUCUCCUUGUAUCAGAGGGUGCAGAUCUGACCCUUACUGAUGAAUACAACACAGACUGUCUGAUGUUGGCAUGUCAGGGAGGAAACAUAAAUACAGUGAAACAUGUCUUGUCAAUGAAAACAUGUGACAUCAACAGGCGGGGAGGAUGGUUGAAACAAACACCAAUUAUGAUGGCAUUAAAAAGAGGACACUAUGAUGUUUAUCAUCUCCUUGUGUCUGAGGGUGCAGACCUGACCCUUACUGAUAAAAACAACAGAGACUGUCUGAUGUUGGCAUGUCAGGGAGGAAACAUAAAUUUAGUGAAACAUGUCUUGUCAAUGAAAACAUGUGACAUCAACAGGCGGGGAGGAUAUUUCAAACAAACUCCAAUUAUGAUGGCAUGUGAAGGAGGACAGUAUGAUCUCCAUGUAUCUGAGGGUGCAGAUCUGACCCUUACUGAUGAAUUCAACACAGACUGUCUGAUUUUGGCAUGUGAGGGAGGUAACAUAUCUACAGUGAAAUAUGUCUUGUCAAUGAAAACAUGGGACAUCAACAGGUGGGGAGAAUGUUUCAAACAAACACCAAUUAUGAUGGCAUUAAAAAGAGGACACUAUGAUGUUUAUCAUCUUCUUGAAUCUGAGGGAGCAGAUCUGACCCUUACUGACGAUGACAACUGUGACUGUCUGAUGUUGGCAUGUGAGGGAGGAAACAAAUCUAUAGUGAAACGUGUCUUGUCAAUGAAAACAUGUGACAUCAACAGGCAGGGAGGAGAGUUGAAACAAACACCAAUUAUGAUGGCAUUGGAAGAAAGACACUAUGAUGUUUUUCAUCUCCUUGUAUCUGAGGGUGCAGAUCUGACCCUUACUGAUAACAACAACAGAGACUGUCUGAUGUUGGCAUGUGAGGGAGGAAACAUAAAUAUAGUGAAACAUGUCUUGUCAAUGAAAACAUGGGAUAUCAAUAAGCGGGGAGGAUAUUUGAAACAAACACCAAUUAUGAUGGCGUUAGAAGAAGGACACCAUGAUGUUUAUAAUCUCCUUGUAUCAGAGGGUGCAGAUCUGACCCUUACUGAUAAAAACAACAAAGACUGUCUGAUGUUGGCAUGUAAGGGAGGAAACAUAAAUACAGUGAAACAUGUCUUGUCAAUGAAAACAUGUGGCAUCAACAGGCGGGGCGGAUUUUUCGAACAAACACCAAUUAUGAUGGCAUUAGAAGAAGGACACUAUGAUGUUUAUCAUCUCCUUGUAUCAGAGGGUGCAGAUCUGACCCUUACUGAUGAAUACAACACAGACUGUCUGAUGUUGGCAUGUCAGGGAGGAAACAUAAAUACAGUGAAACAUGUCUUGUCAAUGAAAACAUGUGACAUCAACAGGCGGGGAGGAUGGUUGAAACAAACACCAAUUAUGAUGGCAUUAAAAAGAGGACACUAUGAUGUUUAUCAUCUCCUUGUGUCUGAGGGUGCAGACCUGACCCUUACUGAUAAAAACAACAGAGACUGUCUGAUGUUGGCAUGUCAGGGAGGAAACAUAAAUUUAGUGAAACAUGUCUUGUCAAUGAAAACAUGUGACAUCAACAGGCGGGGAGGAUAUUUCAAACAAACUCCAAUUAUGAUGGCAUGUGAAGGAGGACAGUAUGAUCUCCAUGUAUCUGAGGGUGCAGAUCUGACCCUUACUGAUGAAUUCAACACAGACUGUCUGAUUUUGGCAUGUGAGGGAGGUAACAUAUCUACAGUGAAAUAUGUCUUGUCAAUGAAAACAUGGGACAUCAACAGGUGGGGAGAAUGUUUCAAACAAACACCAAUUAUGAUGGCAUUAAAAAGAGGACACUAUGAUGUUUAUCAUCUUCUUGAAUCUGAGGGAGCAGAUCUGACCCUUACUGACGAUGACAACUGUGACUGUCUGAUGUUGGCAUGUGAGGGAGGAAACAAAUCUAUAGUGAAACGUGUCUUGUCAAUGAAAACAUGUGACAUCAACAGGCAGGGAGGAGAGUUGAAACAAACACCAAUUAUGAUGGCAUUGGAAGAAAGACACUAUGAUGUUUUUCAUCUCCUUGUAUCUGAGGGUGCAGAUCUGACCCUUACUGAUAACAACAACAGAGACUGUCUGAUGUUGGCAUGUCAGAGAGGUAACAUAUCUACAGUGAAACAUGUCUUGUCAAUGAAAACAUGUGGCAUCAACAGGCGGGGCGGAUUUUUCGAACAAACACCAAUUAUGAUGGCAUUAGAAGAAGGACACUAUGAUGUUUAUCAUCUCCUUGUAUCAGAGGGUGCAGAUCUGACCCUUACUGAUGAAUACAACACAGACUGUCUGAUGUUGGCAUGUGAGGGAGGAAACAUAUCUAUAGUGAAACAUGUCUUGUCAAUGAAAACAUGUGACAUCAACAGGCAGGGAGGAGAGUUGAACCAAACACCAAUUAUGAUGGCAUUCGAAGGAGGACACUAUGAUGUUUAUCAUCUCCUUGUAUCUGAGGGUGCAGAUCUCACCCUAACUGAUAAAUACAAAAGAGACUGUCUGAUGUUGGCAUGUGAAGGAGGUACAAUAUCUAUAGUGAAACAUGUCUUGUCAACGAAAACAUGUGACAUCAACAGACGGGGAGGAAAAUUGAAACAAACACCAAUUAUGAUGGUAUUGAAAGGACGACACCAUGAUGUUUAUCAUCUCCUUGUAUCUGAGGGAGCAGAUCUGACCCUUACUGAUGGUGACAGCACAAACUGUCUGAUGUUGGCAUGUGAGGGAGGUACAAUAUCUAUAGUGAAACAUGUCUUGUCAAUGAAAAAAUGUGACAUCAACAGACGGGGAGGAAAAUUGAACCAAACACCAAUUAUGAUGGCAUUGAAAGGACGACACCAUGAUGUUUAUCAUCUCCUUGUAUCUGAGGGUGCAGAUCUGACCCUUACUGAUGGUGACAGCAGAAACUGUCUGAUGUUGGCAUGUGAGGGAGGUACAAUAUCUAUAGUGAAACAUGUCUUGUCAAUGAAAACAUGUGACAUCAACAGACAGGGAGGAAAAUUGAACCAAACACCAAUUAUGAUGGCAUUGAAAGGACGACAUCAUGAUGUUUAUCAUCUCCUUGUAUCUGAGGGAGCAGAUCUGACCCUUACUGAUGAAUACAACAGAGGCUGUAUGAUGUUGGCAUGUGAGGGAGGAAACAUAUCUAUAGUGAAACAUGUCUUGUCAAUGAAAACAUGUGACAUCAACAGGCGGGGAGGAGAGUUGAACCAAACACCAAUUAUGAUGGCAUUGAAAGGAGGACACUAUGAUGUUUAUCAUCUCCUUGUAUCUGAGGGUGCAGAUCUGACCCUUACUGAUAAAAACAACAGAGACUGUCUGAUGUUGGCAUGUCAGAGAGGUAACAUAUCUACAGUGAAACAUGUCUUGUCAAUGAAAACAUGUGACAUCAACAGGCGGGGAGGAGAGUUGAACCAAACACCAAUUAUGAUGGCAUUGGAAGGAAGACACUAUGAUGUUUAUCAUCUCCUUGUAUCUGAGGGUGCAGAUCUGACCCUUACUGAUAACAACAACAGAGACUGUCUGAUGUUGGCAUUUGAGGAAGGUACAAUAUCUAUAGUGAAACAUGUCUUGUCAAUGAAAACAUGUGACAUCAACAGACGGGGAGGAAGAUUGAAACAAACACCAAUUAUGAUGGCAUUGGAAGGAGGAUACUAUGAUGUUUAUCAUCUCCUUGUAUCUGAGGGUGCGGAUCUGACCCUUACUGAUUGUAACAACAGAGACUGUCUGAUGUUGGCAUGUGAGGGAGGUACAAUAUCUAUAGUGAAACAUGUCUUGUCAAUGAAAACAUGUGACAUCAACAGACGGGGAGGAAAUAUGAAACAAACACCAAUUAUGAUGGCAUUGGAAGGACGACACUAUGAUGUUUAUCAUCUCCUUGUAUCUGAGGGUGCAGAUCUGACAGUUACUGAUGAAUACAACAGAGACUGUCUGAUGUUGGCAUGUGAGGGAGGUACAAUAUCCAUAGUGAAACAUGUCUUGUCAAUGAAAACAUGUGACAUCAACAGGCAGGGAGGAUAUUGUAGACAAACACCAAUUAUGAUGGCAUUGGAAGGAAGACACUAUGAUUUUUAUCAUCUCCUUGUAUCUGAGGGUGCAGAUCUGACCCUUACUGAUAAAAACAACAGAGACUGUCUGAUGUUGGCAUGUGAGGGAGGAAACAUAUCUGUAGUGAAACAUGUCUUGUCAAUGAAAACAUGUGACAUCAACAGGCGGGGAGGAGAGUUGAACCAAACACCAAUUAUGAUGGCAUUGGAAGGAAGACACUAUGAUGUUUAUCAUCUCCUUGUAUCUGAGGGUGCGGAUCUGACCCUUACUGAUGAAUACAACAGAGACUGUCUGAUGUUGGCAUGUGAGAGAGGUACACAAUCUAUAGUGAAACAUGUCUUGUCAAUGAAAAAAUGUGACAUCAACAGACGGGGAGGAAAAUUGAAACAAACACCAAUUAUGAUGGCAUUGAAAGGACGACACCAUGAUGUUUAUCAUCUCCUUGUAUCUGAGGGUGCAGAUCUGACCCUUACUGAUGGUGACAGCAGAAACUGUCUGAUGUUGGCAUGUGAGGGAGGUACAAUAUCUAUAGUGAAACAUGUCUUGUCAAUGAAAACAUGUGACAUCAACAGACAGGGAGGAAAAUUGAAACAAACACCAAUUAUGAUGGCAUUGAAAGGACGACAUCAUGAUGUUUAUCAUCUCCUUGUAUCUGAGGGAGCAGAUCUGACCCUUACUGAUGAAUACAACAGAGGCUGUAUGAUGUUGGCAUGUGAGGGAGGAAACAUAUCUAUAGUGAAACAUGUCUUGUCAAUGAAAACAUGUGACAUCAACAGGCGGGGAGGAGAGUUGAACCAAACACCAAUUAUGAUGGCAUUGAAAGGAGGACACUAUGAUGUUUAUCAUCUCCUUGUAUCUGAGGGUGCAGAUCUGACCCUUACUGAUAAAAACAACAGAGACUGUCUGAUGUUGGCAUGUCAGAGAGGUAACAUAUCUACAGUGAAACAUGUCUUGUCAAUGAAAACAUGUGACAUCAACAGGCGGGGAGGAAAAUUGAACCAAACACCAAUUAUGAUGGCAUUGGACGAAAGACACUAUGAUGUUUAUCAUCUCCUUGUAUCUGAGGGUGCAGAUCUCACCCUAACUGAUAAAUACAAAAGAGACUGUCUGAUGUUGGCAUGUGAAGGAGGUACAAUAUCUAUAGUGAAACAUGUCUUGUCAACGAAAACAUGUGACAUCAACAGACGGGGAGGAAAAUUGAAACAAACACCAAUUAUGAUGGCAUUGAAAGGACGACACCAUGAUGUUUAUCAUCUCCUUGUAUCUGAGGGUGCGGAUCUGACCCUUACUGAUGAAUACAACAGAGACUGUCUGAUGUUGGCAUGUGAGAGAGGUACACAUUCUAUAGUGAAACAUGUCUUGUCAAUGAAAAAAUGUGACAUCAACAGACGGGGAGGAAAAUUGAAACAAACACCAAUUAUGAUGGCAUUGAAAGGACGACACCAUGAUGUUUAUCAUCUCCUUGUAUCUGAGGGUGCAGAUCUGACCCUUACUGAUGGUGACAACAGAGACUGUCUGAUGUUGGCAUGUGAGGGAGGAAACAUAUCUAUAGUGAAACAUGUCUUGUCAAUGAAAACAUGUGACAUUAACAGAAAGGUAGGAAGAUCGAAACAAACACCAAUUAUGAUGGCAUUGGAAAGAGGACACUAUGAUGUUUAUCAUCUCCUUGUAUCUGAGGGUGCAGAUCUGACACUUACCGUAUAUGACCGCAGAGAAGCCGACCCCGUAGAUAAGCCGAGGUGUUAAUUUGACCAUUGAAAUACGAAA